GUCGUAUAACGUAGCUACCCUUGUUUUUAGUUGUGCUGUGCUGUAAAUGGCACAUUUUCUUUUCUCUGCAUUUUGUUUAGUGAGUGUUCUGUGCUUUCGUGCGCGUUCCGUUCAGUCUCGGGGUGGGGAAAACGCAUGGGUCGUCCUCUCGUCGUGCGUAGCCCCGAAGAAGAGGCGGCUCUCGCGCAGCGCCGGCGAGAGAUCGCCCGCGAAAGAGCGCGCCGCCGACGGGCCGACCCGACGUUGCGAGCCGCUGACGCCGCCGCUCACCGCCAACGCCGAGCACAACAGCCCGAGGUCAGGGACCGCGAAGCUCAGUGGAAACGCCAGCGUCGAGCCGAAAACCCCGAACUGAGGCGACUGGAGGCGCAAGCUAAGCGCCGGCGAAGAGCUACCGAUCCCGAGUUCAGAGAACGCGACGUUCGAGCAAAACGGCAGCGACGCGCCAACGACCCUCGGGCUCUCCGGCAGCGUUGGCAGCGCGACGGAGAAAGGCCUGGCCUGACGAGUGCAGCCUACGAUGAAUCGCUGCCUAACGGUAGUGCUACUACCAGCUUCCGCACAGAAGAUGAAGAAGGCGGUGGUCCGCUCGUGAAAUGCACGCGGCGCCUCGAGAGCAGAGUGUCUUGCGCAGUUUGUGACAGGCUUUGCUUAGACAGCCAGGUGGCUCCACUUCCCUUGCUCAAAGGCGAGGCCUUCAAAGUGCUCAGCGAACACUACCCUGGUGUAGACCGCAAGUCGCUUUGCUCACACUGCAGAGACUCCCUUAUCCGAGGAGUGCCCCCGGCCUUCAGUACUGUGAACGGGGAGGAGAGCAAGAUGCCCCCGCGACCCCCUCCACCGCCGCCUCAGCCCCAGCGGCCAGAAGCUGGCCAAAUCCUUCUGUUGGUCAAGCAGGACGGUGGCGCAGCCAGUACGGGCCGUCUCCUGCUGCCGAGGCCAAUGCCUCAACCUCCUCCCCAGCAGGUCCUCCUCCAUGUCGGAGAUCCAACCACCAUGUUCAUGGCCACUGACUGCUCAACUAUGCAGACAGCGGCAGUGCCUGCAGAAGUUACUACAACACGAGGACUGCAGCAGCCUGUUGUCGGCAGUGGUGGCAUGCUCUUAGAACAACAGGGGUCGGCGGACACCUCCCAUCCUCAGGGCCCCGCCCCCGUUUUACAGCAGCGGCACGUGCUAGCCAAUGGGCAGCCCCCGCCAGACCCCGACAGUAUCCCCGUGCUGGAGCCCAUUACGGCGGAGGAGCACUUCCACGCCGAGAUGCUACAUCAGACCAUCAAGCAAACGGCACUGCUGCAGGACAUGCUGAGUGCCCAACAGCGGAUGGCGGAGGCGGCCGAGCGACAGGCACAGGCCGCAGAGGAACAGAGCCAUGCGCUGUCGCAGCUCGCACUGUUCCUCAUCGAAAAUCAUCGCUCAAACAGAAACAGUGGUGCAAACCUCUCCUCGUCGGUAGUGGACGACUCUUCCUGUCCAGAGGCCACCACACCGCUCUCCAUCACGCCAGAGAUUUUGCAAGUGGAACACUCAACGUGAAAUGUGCCCACGUUAUGACACCAUCACUGUGACAUGAACAAGCUCACAGCCAUCUCAUUGUGAUGUGCUGCUGUGCAGUGCCAGUGUGUGCCUGUCAUCUGACCCCAUAUGCCAAGUGUGACAGUGGUGGUGAUGACAUUCGUAUGAUUCACUUUAAUCAUUCUCAUCAGUACGAUGGACUGCAUGUGUGAAGCUCUCAGAACAAACUGUACCUGUUCUCAAGCCAUGUCUGAUCUUGCUAAGACUAGUGUGUUAAAUGGUUUGACCGAGAGGUUGAUCUGCUGUGCCAGGUGCUUAAAGGGACGUUAACGAGCAGCACUAAGUAGGGUAAUGUAUUCUUUAAGCACUCUCUUCACAUUGAUGUAGGGGAAAGAGACUCAUCAUUAGCUGACCUAUUCAGGGCAAAUUUUUCUUUUUUGGAUUUUAGACCUGAGGCACAGCUCCUGUUUGUUGGUUCAACUGUUUGGACCAUUUCUUUUUAUACUGAUAGUAAUUGUACAGGUACUUUAAGGUCCAUUCGUUCCAUUGUCGUCGGUCACACUUGCCUCGAUGUGACGACGCAUGUGUGGGUAAUGCAUGAUGUUGAUGGUCACGUGAUUUGCAGCCAGUGCUGUGACGAUCCAAAAAACCUGGUAGCUUCGUGCACCUGGUCAUCCUGCAUCCCCAUGGUAGGAGGUGAUCUGUUGAGUUUUUCAGGCACAACACAGUUCAAAUGGUGAAGAGAGUGGUGGCAUGGAGCAUUUGUUUUAGGUAUUUGAAGUGCUGAGAUAUUCGCACACGCCUUGGUUUGGGACAAACGUGCAUGCUCCAUGCUGCUGCACUCCUCAUUGCGUUAUCGUUGUGACCACCGACGCUCACAUUAUCGUGUUGAAUACAUUCACAUUUGUCGGUGUGUAUGAUACAGUAUGGUUGCUUAAGAAGCAAGUGUACUGCGAUUUAUGCCCCCCCAAUACAGUGAGACAUUGGUAUGCUCAAGUCGGUGGCACUCUGCUUUACUGAACUUGAGCUUUGGUGAAGAGUUCCACUGCUGACAGUUUCUCUUCUUACACUGGAUUGCAAGAGAUAUCUGCAUAAUUGGGCAGUUAAAAAAAUCACUUGCAGCAACAUGAAAAACAAAUUUUGUUGAACUAGAGCCGAUGACCACAUUUGUUUGAUGCUAUGUGUACAAAGCCCUCUUCGCAAGGGUUGCAGAAGAAAAAAAAAGAAAUGCGGAUCAGGUGCACUGUGGUGAUCAGUGUGAAUGAAGUGUUCUGGCCUGUUCCUCUGCCGGGCCUCAGCAACAUCUCUGUUGUCACCCACAAUAGUACAAUGUUGAAUACUGUGUUGGCUUCACUGAACUGCUGCUCUCUACACAGUCGAAAAAACACAGAAUUAAAAGCCGUCCGUUACAAGAAAGCUUUUGCUUUAUAUAAUCAUAUGGAAGCAACGGCCUGCUAUUUCUGAGUGAUGUCUUCUCACAUAUCAUCAGUCUUGGUGCAGCAGUCUGCCUAUAAUAUCAAGGACUGGCACAUAAUCAAGUGAGAGGCAUCGCUACAAAAUAGCAGCCCUUAACAUUGCCACAACUAGCACAUUUUGUGUUUUGUGACAUUGUGCUCACGUCAUUUGUGAAAAUAGUGAGCAGUGCCAUAUAAGCUCAGUAAAGGUAAAAGUUGGGCUGCUUCACAAGUAAACAUGAAAAAUGUCAUAUAAACCCCUCCACGUGCCCUAGCUACAAAGCAUG